AUGAUGAAUAAAUAUACUUUUUCCUGGUUUAAUAAUAAUUUGAUAAAAAUAAUUAUUAUUUAGAAAAUAGAAAUAAAAAUAAAAUUAAAAAAAUUAAAAUAAAUCCUAAAAUAAACUUCAUUCUUAAAAGAAAAGUACCAAUGGAAGCCAAAAUUAAAGAAAUCUCACUCCUAGAAGGACAAUGGUAUUUUACAUCUUUUGAUGAAGCAUAAGGUCUUACACACAAUAUAUUUAUUUAAUAUAAGGAUAAUGUGUUAAUACCUCAUAAAAUUAUAUUCAAUUUAAGGAGAUUAUAAUACAUUAAAAGAGAAAGUUGAUAUAGUGGUAAUAAGGCAAAACUUCUCUUUAUAUUUGUCAAAGAUUAAUGUAUUAGAAGAAAGAGUUGAACAAUAAAGGAAACAAAAGAAAUAUGUCCCCAUUAAAUAACACAUAUAUAUACCUGAAAAAUUAAAUAAGUAUUGAGAAUAAGUAUAAGAGAUUUACAAUAAUGAAGUUUAAGUACCUCUCAAUGCAAUGAAGAACAAUCAUAAUUUGCUAAAGAAUUAGAAGUACAACAAUAGAUGUUAGAUAUUUCUUUAAUUUAAUCUUCUAAUAAUAGUUUCCGAAUAGAAUUAUAAGAUAAGAUAGAUUCUUAGAACCAG